AUGUCUGAAGUACGAGAAGCUGUGCAAGAUACCUUGAAGGUCUCUCAGGCUCCAGUAAUCACAGAUGACUUUACUAAUUGGACAAUUAAUGAAGUGGUUGCGUGGUGUACAUCUUCAUUGGAAAUUACAGAGGAAGAUCUGUUAGUCGAAAAGAUCCGAAGCAACGAGAUUACUGGGGAGCUUCUGCCGGAACUGACGUUUGAAGAUUGCAAGGAACUAUGCGGUGGGGAUCUGAGCAAGUCGAUCAGGCUUAAAGUACUGCUCAAUAAAUUGCAAGAUGAUGCAGAUCAGGAUUCGAAAUUACAGGAACAACAGGAACACAUGGUGGUAGCACUGAAAAACCUUUACUCUACUACUUCCCAGAAGCUGCAGGAUUACCAGACUCAGUAUGGCAGAUUGCGGUUGGAUAUACUGGAGAUAGUAAAGACUUCCAAUGUAGGUCCCAAAACCCCAGCUCAGCAUCAAAAUCUUCAUGCUACACAGGCACCUCAUGAUUAUUUCGACGGACCCCACCAUCAACAGGACUAUAGCCAUACGCAUCUGGGUGCUCCGACCCCCAUGCCAUCUGUGUCCCGAAAGGGGAGCACUCUAUUAUCAAAGCCCAGCGCUAGUCGAUCUAGCUCAUCAAAUUUGAAUGAAGUGCAGGCUGGCGGCAUAGGUAACGAACCGUUGAAACAACUACGAGCUUCCAAGGAAGAUUCAUGUGAACGAAUCCUGAAGAAUGCAAUGAAGAGACAUAAUUUGGCCGAUCAUGACUGGAGACAGUACGUCUUGGUAAUAUGCUAUGGUGACCAGGAGAGAAGACUGGAUCUUGAAGAGAAGCCGGUUCUAAUAUUUAAGAAUUUGAAACAGCAGGGAUUGCAUCCAGCGAUUAUGUUAAGGAGGAGAGGGGAUUUCGAGGAACUAAAUAUGGGUGGGGACGACGUUACGCCGGGCGGGAGGUUAUGA